CUCAUACAUACUUUGUACUUGUAAGAGUGAGGUCAUUCCGUUUGUAACAAUGUCUAUUAAAACUUUUGUAUUGUUCGAUAUAAAUACUAUCGGAUACACAGUUCAGGAUCGAGAUAACAUUAAAAUAGUAGAGUUCACAUUAAUGGCAGUCCCGAGAGAGAAAAUUGUGAAAAGUGGAAGCGGCGAUUUCCAACCAUCUAGGAUAAUGACAAAAUUGAUCAAUCCGGAAGUAGUUGGGGACAUUAAUAAAACUAUUGCCAAUCCUAGUUUGUCGGCCGAUAAGUUAAAGAAUCAGCCGGUUUUUGGAGAGGUUAUUAAGGAUGUGAACGAAUUCCUUGAAGAUCUGCCGAAUCCUGUGUGUCUAGUGUGCUUACACGGUAACAGAUUUGAUUUUAAAGUAUUAGUAUCGGAAUAUCAACAGGCACACGAAGCCUUACCCGACGGUCUACUGUGUGUUGAUCCCAGAACCUUCUUCACUAUUCAAUUAGAUGUGCAAGCUGAUCCCAUACCUGAUGGCGAGGCCGGGCCAAUGAACGAGCUGAAUGUUUUGUUUCGCCAAAUGACCACAAAUAGAGGGGACAAAAUAAAUAUAUCAAAAUUAUACAGAUCUCUAUUGAAUACAGAACCUCCGCAAUCACAGGGGACUGAGACCACGACCCAUAUGCUUCUACAGUGUGUUUUACGGCUCAAAGAUAAAUUCUUGCCUUGGGCUGAUCGGAAUGCGAAACCUAUUCUUAAAAUUAAACCAUAUGGCCAACCUCAACCACAACAUCAACCUCUUCCUGACAAUCAGCCGGCCAAUGAACCUGAUGACCAGCCAGCUAGUGAAAAUGGCGACCAGAAAGACAGUUUAUCUGAUAACCAAAAGAACAAAGAGCCGGCGAAUGAUCAUUGCAACGUAUCAAACCAGACUGAUUAACCGCAUGGGAAGCUGUACGAUCGCAGCCUCCAGCUAAAUGUAUUUGUCCCAAAAUAUAUAUUUAAUAUAUUUUUUCAAAUAAAAA